AUGAAUAUCUUUGGAGCAAAGGCCUUCCUUAUCCUGGUUUUCUACUUCCAAAGCUUUCCGUUUGGUCAAUCGGCGUCACCAACAAUAUCACGAUCAUGGAAGGCUUGGAGAGGUUGGAUGAUAAGGAAUACAGGGGCCACAUAUAGAGUACGACAAUAUAAAGAUCUCAAAGACGGGGAAUUUCCCAAUACAGUUCGUACUACAGUUCGUGGUGGUGGUUCUAGUCAUAACAACGUGGAAGUUGAAGAGCAUCUUAAAGUAGACCAAGCAACCUCAUCACCAUUGGAAAUUCCUGAGGCCACAAAUCAGAAAGACAGCACUACUAUACUAACACUGACAAGAAAGGGGCACCGAUGCACCCAGGAUGUCAUCCUUGAUCUUUUGAGACGGUCCUCCAUCGACCUGAAAUUGGAAUCCAUUGAGUUGCUACAGUUGAUAACCACCCGGUCUUCCGACUAUUUGCAGGAUUUGAAAUUGGCUGUAGAAGAAGAAAAUAAGAAAUUGCCUCACCCCCGAAAGCUCCUUCAUUUUCUGGCACCAAAGAUUCCUGCCAUCAAGCAUUCGCCCGAUGUCAACCUCAGAGUACAUUCGUCACGAUCCGAUAUAGAUUCGAGCAUCGCAGCCUGCAUUAUCGGAACUCUGGCUCAUGUUUCUGAGAUUUACGACAAACAAACAAUUAUGAGGGCGAGUAGCACAGAAGAAUCGCACUCCGUUGGUCCAGAAUUAACAACUGACAGGCGUUUUGAACAACUUGUAGAAUGCGUUCUCAACGGAGUCAACAUUCAGAAGCGGAAGAAGGAGUCGUUAAACCGGCAAUUGGAGAAAAACAGCGAUGCUGUCGCGGACAUUGAGCAAGUUCUGGAUGAAGAAGAUGCCCACAUUGAUGAUGGACUCAACGUGAGAGAUGCGUGUAGAGCCGCUUGGGGGAUCAGUGUCCUCGGAUGCUCUCAUCUCGAGACUAUUGCCGAUGUCAAAAUACUAGAUCUUCUGUUGGCAUUAUCUCUCCGUGUCCGUGAGCUCCUACUGGCGCGGCUCCAACUUAUCCGACAAGAUGACCUGUUCUCUGGUCCUUCUAAUGCGCACAUAACAACAAGCGAGCGAUUGAAUCAAGUGGUGGAAGAAUUGGCCGAGGACGCCGCGACUGCAAUGUGGGCCUUUGCAUGCGUGAAAGCAUGCACUGGACUGCGGAGUGUUCCGCUCUUUGAAACAUGUUGUUCGAUCCUUUGUCAAGACCCAAUCGACAUGCGAAAAAGGGCUCAAUCUGCGGAUUAUGAGCCCGGCCUACCGAUUGGUGUACACGAUGUCGUUGAUAGGUUGGCCGAUGCUGAGAACGUAGAUCAAGCACCAGAAAAUGAAAUCGAUUCAUCUAAGAAUGAGACCGCCUAUGCCCGCUCGGAGGAUACGGGGAAUGGAAAGGAUGCGUUUCUCGACUGGCUUUCUCCAACGGAAGUGAAUGAUGUUCUUUGGGCUAUUGCACUUCAUGGAUCUAACAACACAUCAGCAUCGGACGAGAUCACUCUUUCUGAAACAGCUUCAGCACUAGGAGAAAUAGCUUUUGAUCGGCUGCUCGAGUGGCUGGAGCACGAUUCUCUGCUAUCGUUAGAAGAUGUUGAUGGAAAAUCUCCCUCUAGCAUCAAAAUCAAAAGCGACAAAGAUGAGGUAACCGUGGAAGUUGUUGAUGCCGCAUCAUUACUUGCCUCUAAUAUGGAGCCAAGUGAUCCAUUUGAGUCAACUGGCGAGAUUCUUCCUGCGGAGAAUUCCACAUUUUCAAAUCAGAAAAAUGUCGAAGAAAUAGAAGUUGUUGAUGCUGCAGCACUUCUGGCUUCUGCAAGUGCUCCAGGCAAAGAAAUGAUUGAGAAAGAAACCAUUACUGCAUCUGCAAGUGUGACGGGCACCAAUUCGAUUGAAGCGCUAUCUAGUGAGGGAGUGGCUCGACCCCGCGGAUAUAAAUCUUCUCCAAUCUUUACGCCGCAUGAUUUAGCAAGCAUGGCAUGGUCGGUGACCGAGCUUAGAGACCCAUUGCAAGUGCGCAUUGUCGGCAUAGUCGUUCGCUUGAUUGAACGGUUGGGACUGGACGGCACGAAACGCUUAGGCGGGGGAGAUCUUGCCAAUCUCGCAUGGGCAAUAUCGAAAUCCUCAGACAUAUCAACCAAACCGCACUCCAACGGGCGUAUUUUGGCCUCGUUUAGUGUUUUGUCGUGGAUAUCACAUAGUGCACUACAAUGGGUUACAAAAGGGCAAUCAUCAGACUGUGAAAAGUCCGUUCAGAUAUUGGAAUCAUUUCAACCCCCAGAGCUUGGUCGACUGGCGUGGGCUAUGGCGAACAUUGCGUCGACAAACUCGAUGCAUUCACAAACGCUAAAAAGGAACACCGAAGUGAUGGAAUUGGCAAGGCUAUCAUUAGAAGCCGCAGCGUCAAAUCCAGAGCUCUUCGCUACGGAAGAUAUGCUUCGCAUAGCAUGGUCAUUCUUGGAAUUAUGUAGCGACGAUGAUUCAAUGAUCACCCUGUCAGUUGCGGACGCUCUUGGGAGUAUUCUGGCUGCAGUUGAGCAGUCCUUGCACCAGUGGGAAAGAGGGAAAACGAGUAUAACCCAAUACGAGACAAGGGACGCCUCCGUGUUUUCGUCCUUCUUCGGUUUACCGAGACUGAAACAACAACUACUAGAGCAUGCAUUGAAUGACGGGGAAGAUGAAGACGAGAGUACUUUGACCCCCAUCUUAGAAAAAUCUAGAAAGCCUCUACUGAGAGAUCUAACUGUUGAUCCGGCAACGUUGUGUAAAGCUGCCUGCGGAUAUCAGAGAUUAUCGAAGAAAUAUCCUAGUAUGAAGGGAGCAUGGUCGCUUACAAGAGUUGCUAUCCGUCUUCUUGCUUCCAAGAAUGCACGCCUGAUGAAAGAAUGUUCAAUACAUGAUGUCAUCAGCCUAUGUGAAGCGACUGUUCUUGCUGAGGGAGAUGGGCAUCGGACGGACCUGGUCACGGGCUUAUUUGCACGGAAGGUACUGCAGCUGUUGAAUGUUGCCGUCGACAAUGGUACCGAAGCGAAUGACUCGUCUAUUGAUGUUACGCAAGCUUCUUCGACAGAGAUCUGUACUUUACUUUGGUCAUUGGGUGAACUUGGCGUGAAACACCGGUUUAAUGACGAUGCCAAGUGUUCAGCCUACAAACGGAGGCAUUUUGUUUGCGAAUCGGCGCUCUUAUCUCCUUCAGAAGUAGAGGAUCUCCCGCUACCCUCAAUUUUAAAACUUCUUCGAGGGACUGUGAUCAUGAAUUAUCUCGCAACCGAUAAAGUGUUCCUUCUGAACAUCCUCAAGGCUAUACUAACAAAAGGUUCAAUGUUGAAGUCCCACGACUUAUGCUACGUCGCAGAGUCCAUUGCAUUGCUAAAGGAAGCUUUGACUCCAGGACAUCUUUAUGAUGCAUCAAGAAGCAGUGGCAACCCACCUUCGUCAGAGAUAUUGAAGAGCGAGAAGGUAGGCAAAAGGGGCGAAGAGCACUCGGAUGCCACCACUGGUGAAACAGAAUAUUUAGGAGAAGAAUCACCGCCUCAAAUCGGCGAAGCCUCGAUUGAGCAAGACCUGCAACAAUCUUGUGAUGCUAUUCUUGCAUGUAUUGGCACAGUUGCGAGGAAGGAUGCUGCAAUUUUGCAAACAAAAGUGAUUCGUCGUCUCUUGGCGGUAUAUUCCCUCCUCCCCUUUCAAGACGAUGCAUUGAUUGAGAGUCUUUCUUCUAUAGUCGCUCUGCGCAAAUUGCAUCUCGAACAACUGCCCCAGGAGUCACUUGGGAGCCUUCUACGCACUGCCAGAUCCAGUGCUGAAUCAGUGAAGGACACAGUAUUUGGUUCUUUAGAAUCAGGAUCGGUUUUUGAGCAACUAAAGCAUGGGUUCAGGUCCUUCUUCUCGUCCAUACAAGAGACAGAAGCUAAGGAAAACGGCGACGACAUCCUCACCGAAGAACUGCUGACAUCGGUGCAAGAGUCCAUUGACAGAGCAUCUAAGGCAUCCAAGUCUGCCGAAGACUUGCAAGCAGCUUUGGGGGUUUCUCUUGACUCGAUAUUUUCGAGUAUGAAGCGAGGCACUGCGUUCGAGCUUGCACAAUGCGAAGAACUCAUUGAUAACUAUUACAGAAUCAACUUCGUUACUGGAACUUUCAAGAGUCGAUAUGAUAAAGUGGGAGCAAGAGAUAUCGCCAAGAGAGUACUAGGUCGGCUGCUACCCUAG